AUGUCGGAUUUACUUUCCACCACACAAACUGAAGACUUUGAAAGAUUCUUGGAACAAAAGGACUUUGACAGUUGGCUUCAAGAAGAAACCUCAUUAAACGAAGGUUAUCUAAAUGAACACAAUAAAACUGAAGAUGAUGGCUCGAAUAUAGAUAGUAUUGAAGAAGAAAUAGAAGGACUGUUGUCAAUAAAAGGGUUGUUAUCAGAACAAUCACUACAACAUCAACAACAAAUAAAUUUAUUUGAAAAAGAAACUCCUUUGCAUGAUGAUGAUGUAAAGGAAAUUGAAUCAUUAUUAGCAGAAGAUAAAAUAAAAAAAGAAGUGGAGGCUAAAGAAGGUGACAAUAAAGAAAUUCACGAGAAAAUAAAUUCAACAGAAAAUGGUAAUUCAGUUAUUGUCAAUGAAGUAAUUUUAGGUGAAGACGAUGAAACUUAUGUCGAAGGAGGUGGUAAUCAAGUGAUUGACCAAGUGAUUAAUGAUGUUCAAGAUGGCCAGAUUAUUGAUGAUGAACAUCAAAUUCAUGUUGAUGACCAUGUUAACGGUGAAAUACUUUAUGAAGAAGAAUCAAUGAUGCGUACUGAAGCUACUGGCAAUCUGGAAACCAAGAUUGAUAAAAAUAAUGUGUUACAUCAUUCACGUACAAUGAGUGGUGAACGUUUUCGAUGUAUUUUGGCAUAUGAAGGGAAUGAAAAUCCCAUUUUCAUAAAAUCUGACAAGAUCGUAGGUGAAUUUAUGGAAGACCUAAAGGUUGAUUUGAUCUGUGACGAAAAUUUAAUAAAAGACCAUGAAGUUGUAUUAACAUUUAUUGACUCGGUCAAAGAUUUCGAAUUAAUUUUGACAGAGGAUAAUAAAUACGCCGAUAAACUUACAUUGGGCAAUAUAAUAGAAGCUCAUAAAGGGUUUCAAAAAUUAUAUAAUAUUGUUUCAAGCGAUCUUGUUAUUAUGGUCUCACUACAGGUCCGAUUUAUUUCACGUUUUCAACAAUUUUUUAAUGAUAAUGAAUCAUACGAGGCCCAAGAAUCAAUUUUAGUAGGAGAAAUAGAACUAAUUACUAACGAGUUUGAAUUAGAAGAUUCUUUAUUAAUGAAUGACAAUAAUAACUUUAAGAUCGACGGUUUUAAUUUUUCUAGGAAAAGAGAGAGAUCUCCGGGGCCUGACAAUGAAGAAAUUUUCAAAAAGAGAAUUAAUGUUUAG